AGUUUAUUUUUAACACGCAAAUAAGAUGGAACGUUGGAUUAAUAAAGUUGCCGUGGUAACUGGUGCCAGUUCAGGAAUUGGUGUUGCUUUAGUAAAGGCAUUGGUGAAAAAAAAUAUUAAUGUCGUGGGUUUAGCGAGAAGAGUGGAAAAUAUGGAAAAAAUUAAGAAUCAAUUAAAAAAUGAAAAAGGUGCUUUUUAUCCAAUAAAAUGUGAUCUGAAUAAGGAAGAAGAUAUUAUUAAAGCAUUUCAAUGGAUUGAAAAAAAUUUGAAAUCUGUCGAUAUUCUCGUUAAUAAUGCCGGAAUUAUGACACUUGAUUUGCUAAUUGAUUCCUCGACAUCGGAUUUAAAAAAAAUAAUUGAUGUUAAUGUAAUUGCGCCCACUGUCUGUAUCAGGGAGGCUGUGAGAAUUAUGAGAGCGCACAAUACUGCCGGUCAUAUUGUUAAUAUUAACAGUAUUGCGGGACAAAAUGUUCAAUUUUUCAACAAUACAACAUUUAAUAUCUAUAGUGCAAGUAAAUUUGCUUUCAAUGCUGUGAGUCAAGUUGUUGAAUUAGAAUUGGGACAUGUCAAAAGUCCUACAAAAGUCACAACAAUUUUUCCGGGACUAGUAAAAACUGAAAUGCCACCUGAUGAUUUGUUGAAAAAAAUUCCUUACGUCGAUGCAGAAGAUAUUUCUGAUGGUGUUAUUUAUGCUUUAUCUACUCCACCUCACGUUCAGAUAAAGGAAUUAACAAUUUGUCCAGUUCAAGGAUAUGAGCAACAAUCAAUCAAGAUGGAACGUUGGAAUAAUAAAGUUGCCGUGGUAACUGGUGCAAGUUCAGGAAUUGGUGAAGCAUUAGUGAAAGAAUUGGUGAAAAAAAAUGUUAAAGUUGUGGGUUUAGCGAGAAGAAUUGAAAAUAUGGAAAAAAUAAAAAAUCAUUUAAAUAAAAAUGAAAAAGGUGCUUUUCAUCCAAUUAAAUGUGAUGUCAGUAAAGAACAAGAUAUAAUUAAAGCAUUUCAAUGGAUUGAGAAAAAUUUAAAAUCCGUCGAUAUUCUCGUUAAUAAUGCUGCAGUUCUUACAUCAGAUUUGUGUAUUGAAAGUACAACGGAAAAUUUGAAAAAUGUAAUUGAUGUAAAUUUAAUUGGUCCAACUAUUUGCACAAGGGAGGCUGUGAAAAUUAUGAGAGCAAAUAAUACAGCGGGUCAUAUUAUUAACAUUAAUAGUAUUGCCGGACACAGUGUUGGAUUUUUUAACAAUUCAGCAUUUAAUAUGUAUAGUCCUAGUAAAUUUGCUCUCAAAGCAAUGAGUCAAGUUGUUGAAUUGGAACUUCAACAUGUGAAAAGUCCCGCAAAAGUCACUACUAUAUUUCCUGGAUUGGUAAAAACUGAUAUGCCACCAGAGGAAGCUUUUAAAAUUAUACCCUACGUUGAUGCUGAAGAUAUUUGUGAUGGAAUUAUUUAUGCUUUGUCAACACCUCCACAUGUACAGAUUAAGGAACUUACAAUUACUCCUGUUCUUGGCUAUCAACAAUCAAACAAAAUGGAUCGUUGGAUUAAUAAAGUUGCUGUAAUAACUGGUGCAAGUUCAGGAAUUGGUGAGGCAUUAGUAAAAGAAUUGGUGAAAAAAAAUGUCAAAGUUGUUGGUUUAGCGAGAAGAGUUGAGAAUAUGGAAAAAAUUAAGAAUCAAUUAAAAAAUGAAAAAGGUGCUUUUUAUCCAAUAAAAUGUGAUGUCAGUAAAGAAGAUGACAUAUGCAAUGCAUUUAAAUGGAUUGAGAAAAAUUUAAAAUCUGUCGAUAUUCUCAUUAAUAAUGCUGGAAUUAUUCACAUGAAUUUAUGCAUUGAAAGUUCAACGGAAAAUUUAAAAAAUGUUAUGGAUGUUAAUUUAAUUGGUCCAACUAUCUGUACCAGGGAGGCUGUGAGAAUUAUGAGAGCAAAUAAUACAGCUGGUCAUAUUAUUAACAUUAAUAGUAUUCUGGGACAAAAUGUGGGAUUCUAUAAUACCCACGCAGGUGCUAUGUACAGUCCGAGUAAAUUUGCUUUUAAGGCCUUGAGUCAAGUAGUUGAAUUGGAACUUCAACAUGUUAAAAGUCCAACAAAAGUCACUACUAUUUUCCCUGGCUUAGUAAAAACGGAAAUGCCACCAGAUCAAGCAAUUAAACUAAUGCCUUAUGUUGACGCUGAAGAUAUUUGCGAUGCAAUUAUUUAUGCUUUAUCCACACCUCCACAUGUUCAGAUUAAAGAACUUACAAUCACGCCAGUUGCUGGUUAUCAACGUAAAUAAUAUAUAUAUAUAUAAAAAUUGUAUUCAAUAAAUUUUUGUAUAUUUCAUUUUGUCUAAAAGAUUAAUUAAAAAAAAAAAAAAUUAUAAAAUACAUUUUUUACAUUGAAAAGUAUCUUUGAUAUUUGCAAUGAUUUGCAAAUUGCAUACAAUUUAUUUUCUUCAUUUACCUUAGUGAUGCAACAAGUAUGAGACGGCAAUUUUUUUUUUUCAUUAUCGAAUGCUCUUUAUAUUCUACAAUGUAUAAAAUUGUAAUUAAAGAAUAAAUUUCCAUUUUAAAAAA